AUGUGUUGUCUGAAUCGUUGGAGUUUUGCGUCGCGGUGUUCGCUGGCGUGCGUGAACUUGUCAAUUUUUCAAGGCUAGGUGAACUGUUAUUGUUCACGACUCAGAAUGGAUGAGGAGGGAGAGGUUAGAAAUUCGAAAAAACAAACAUUGCUAGAGAAAUACGAUAUUCCUGUUGAGCAUCUAAACUUCGAGUAUGUGGAGAAGUGUAAUGAUGAGAAAGAGCUAGAAAAGAUAGUGAAGAUAUUAAGGUCAGGUGAAGAAGGCUUCUAUCCCCAGCUCAUCGCAUCUGCCGAAGCGAGGCUGCGUAAAGUGAAGCCGGACAGUCGUGUACUUCGUACAGAGGAGCCUGCUCUCAGGAAGGAGACCACGAGUUCGGAACAGUGGGAGGAGGUCACCUCAGAGGUGGAGAAAUGGAGUGACGAGAUGCGUGCGAAAGAGAAAGAGAUGAAGAUGGCUGCGUCAGAACCGAUGGAUGUGUCAGAAUUGCCAGCAGUGCGGUCAAGAGCUAAAGUGUCUGCCUCUGCAAAACCUGCAAGUGCUAUGACACAGUCUAAAACUGCACAGCAAGUACCUCCAGCGAUGCGCAGUCCAGUGCCGCGGGACUACUCGGCCUGGGAGAAGUACGAUGCAGACAAGGAGUUGACGUUGAUGGAGAUAGAGGAGCAGCAGCAGCAAGAGGAGAGGGAGAGGAAGCGGCGGGAGGAGCAGCUGCAGGUGCAGCGCCUGCAGGACGAAAUGAAGAAAGUGGGGAAGGGAAAUGCCGAGAUGGCGAUACCAGCUAACUUGACACCGACAGAGCGGGAGCUGUUGGCCACUAGAGAGAAGGAUAAAGGCAACGAUUUCUUCAAAGUGGCCGAUUACAGUAACGCCAUCAAGCACUACUCUGCUUCAAUUCAGAUUCUGCCGACACCUGUCGCCUACAACAAUAGGGCCAUAGCGAUGAUUAAACUGCAUCGUUAUGACGCGGCAUUGAAAGACUGCAAUGAAGUUCUUAAAGUGGAACCUGACAAUGUGAAAGCUCUCAUGAGAAGAGGAAUUUCUCAUCAAAACAGGAACAGUUACCAGAAGGCCUACGAGGACUUCAACCGGGUAGUGGCACUGCAGCCAGAGAAUCGUCUUGCCAAAUCUUUGGCCAACCAGAUGAAGAACAAGUGCCUGGCCAAGAGGAAAGGAGUCAGGAUGAAGAUCGAGGAAGAGGGAAGUCCUUCCCAGAUCAGUGUUGUGUCGAAAAGGAGGGCCACCAAGGUCACCGAGCAGAAGCUGGAGAAUCUGCCAUCGUCAGAGAGGACGUGGGAGGGCCGACAGGAACCGUGGCAGCCGCCGCCGCUGCCAGACAAAAUCUUGGAGGCUCCAUGGGGUGGCAGGAUGAACCCCCCACUCAAAGAGGGCUGCAACACCUCCUGGCCUUACGCUCCACCAGUAAAGGGGCCUAUGACGGAUUACGGCCUGCCGAAGAACUUCUGCAAUUGUAACGGAGAGCCACCGUUCGUGCGCCACCCGCCCCAGAUCAUCUGCCUCAUGUGCCACGAGCGCAAGGUACUCGGCCUGCCGCCGCUGCCGGGUGGCGACUGCAACUGUCCUAAGCCGCCGCCUCAAAAGAAGCCAGUUGUGAACGGCGAUGCCAGUGGCGAGGGGACUGCGCCUGCCAAAGACGAAUCUAAUGUCGACCGAGAGAAACGGGUCAGCGAGACGAAGGUGGAAGAGCCCAAACCGGCCACUUCCGAUGACACCGGGGACAGACUCGCUGCAGCCGAGUCUACGGGAGAAGCCCCCCAGCCUGCUGGCAGCAGCACGACAGGCGAAUCAGCCAGAAGAAGACAAAGGAACAUUCCACAUCCAUCUGCAUCAUUCCUGCCACACAUCCCUGGACUGGGCAGCCCUGUAAAGAUGAAGGUUGCACCCAAGUACAUUUGUGCAACGAAACGAGAGGACAAGUCGGCUGAAAGUUCGUCCGAAGACAGUGGGACGACCACAGUGAGGGGGACUAGAGAGAACAUGCCAGAGGCCGGAACUUCGGCGGUCCAGCGGGACAGGGACGGGGACGGGCUGCAGAAGGUGGCAGCCCUCGGCCGGCUGUCGCUGCAGCCGGGCACCAGGAUCACCUCGCCCUACGAGUUCACGCGCGCCUGGGGCGGCUUCCGGCCCGACUCCAGCCUCGAGGGGUACGCCACGGUGCUGAGGGCCGUUGCCGUCGAGGACCUUGCCACUGUGGUUGGUACAAAGUUAGACGGUCAGAUGCUCAGUUUGAUCCUGCGCACACUGGAGAAGCACUUUAUAGACGAACCAGAGUAUUUGGUGCAGAUGUUGCACCAUGUCGCUCUCCUGCCCCGCUUCUCAAUUGCGUGGGCCUUCCUCGACAGCAUUGACAAAGAAGCUGUGGAUAAAAUUGUUUCUACGUUGAAGAAGAGUGGGCACGAGCUGAGCCCUGUCGCUGAAAAGGCGUUCGAGCUGUGAGGCUGGUGCCGCUCACUCGUGACGAGAGCUGCGGCAGUGAGCUGCUGCUGCCACUCUCCAGUAGUCGUUGCCAUUUCUGCGGAAGUCCUUUCUCUGUGUGUCCGUCGUAUUGUUUCCUAAUAAAUGUGUUAUUUACAUGUGCUAGGUGUUAUAAUCAGCAGAAAUUAAAUGUGUCGGCCUCAUUGCCGUAUUAUGGUAAAAUUUUAGGAGUUAAUGAAGAAAUAGAGUCUUCGAAAGAGUCAUAAGCAAACAUCUAUGUGUGUGCUAUUGAUUAAAUUAUGGCGUGAUGAAAAGUAGAAAAAUCUUUGACUGUCAUUUUGAGGAAGAAGUAAGCUAUCUGAGGCAAGCUGAGCUUCCAGUAAAAAGAAAUUUCAGUAGCUGUUGAUCUGAAACUCAGAAAAAAUUAUUGUUUUGUGCGAUUGUAUCCUCCUUCGAUUUACUGGCCAGCUCAAGUCUGUUUCUCUUGCAUGACUGUUAAUCGUAUUGUUGGUUUAAAUACUUUUUUUAUUGUGCUGUGCUACUUUUGUUUCUAGUAAAAUUAGGCAAAAAUGUCACAUUUUUGUCUUUAAUGUGAAACUUUUUGGAUUGAACAUUAAUGGUGAAGAAUUCUAUGUAACAUUUUCUACCUACUUCAGACAUAAUCCCCCUUCCCCCCUUUCCCUAUCUGUUUGUGUUAGUGUAGUAAGGAACCCUAGCUAGGAUGUUCACAUUGUAUUUCAUCCUUUCCUGAUUUGCUCAUUUGAAGACUUACUGCAAUAAAUGUUGAGAGAUUCUGUCUAUUUUUUGUCUUUCAUUGUCUGCUGUGUGUUCGUACUGUAACUUGACACUUGGUGUGGGUGAUGCUGGGAAUGGAGCAAUGUGUACACUUCCUUUACAUUCACUGCAAGAACCACGCACGUCAAGUGUCGAGUUACCUUGCACAUACAGCAGUCAACCUAAUGUAAGAAGUACCAUAACUAAGUCAAAACAUUAGAGUUAAAAUCAAUUAGUCAAUUUACAGUGAAUUGUAUUUUCUGCUCUCUUAUUUAAUGUGUGUACAUGAUAACGGAUUGUAAAUUUCCAAUGAUAGCUUUCGUGAGAGCCAAGAGUUUUGCAGAAGUGUUACUUGUUAUAUUUUAUGUUAGAUAAGCAUUGUCAAUAAACCUAAGUGUCAUAGAAUUAGAAAAUAUUGCUCUCAAAAUGUGAUCUAUCAAGUGAAGUAAGAAGAGAGGGGCAUGUGUCUCUUGAAGAUGAAAUAUUGUCAGUAGCCGUAUGAUGACUGACUGGUUCUUCCUCCUCAAGAAAAAAAUUCACGGAAAAUGUUUUGAAAUAAAUUCUGCAGCAACUACUUUUGUCCAUUUUCCACAAAUUAUAGAUGUCCAUUGUAGAAAAUGUAAUUUGGAAUGAAAAUAAAAAGGAAUUAUUAACUAUA